AUGGAUAUGCAUGGGAAAAUUCUUGGUAUUUUGAGGUAUGAUGCGAGUCCUUUCUUUGAGCGGGCGACGGAUACUUUCAAUGCUGCAUUAUGGGGGAACAAAACUACCGGAGAAGCCACUGCCUUUAACUCAGCUGCGCAAAAACUGCUAAUGAAUCUCCAAAGAGAAACACCAACAAUCCCUGGCUUUGUGGCAGCCACGAAGACACAGGUUCCUAAUAAUGGUCCAACUAUAUAUGCCUUUGUUCAGUGUUCUAGCAAUAAGGGGGUCAUCAUUGGUGGAGUUGUUGGAGGAGCAUUUCUUGUUUCGGUUGCCCUUGCACUUUUUGUUUGGACUAAACCACCAAAAAGCCCUAAAAGGCUUCCGGCUGGAGGAGACAUAACUGGUGCAAGCAAGUUGAAAGGUGCAAUUCAUUACAGUUACAUGGAUUUGAAGUACGCAACUAAAAAUUUUAGUGCAGAAAAUAAACUUGGAGAAGGAGGAUUUGGUGCAGUAUAUAAGGUAGCUAUAUCUUUUGAUUUUUAA